AUGUUUUCGCGUAAUUCUGGAAAAUUAAAAAUAGCUGGAGAGUACAGGGUCAACCAGCCGAUUGAUCAUUUUAAAUUAAAAAUAAAAAUUCUCCAGCAGAAGUCACCUCUGGUGGAUCUGUUUGACUCUGAGGAAGAAAUCCACGAUUCAAACUACCUCGAGUCCGAAGAGAAGACAAUAACCUGGCAAGAGAAGAUUUUCAGCUCGUCAGAGGUGAAAUUAUACACCGAAGAAAAGAACUGCAAGAGCCAGCUCCAGAAAGACUACCACGAGCUGAUCACCAGUGAGAAUGUCCAAGGGUCCAGGCUGUUCACCUACACCGCUGAAGAUUCAUACCGCCGGAACAAAACCGCGGUCACUUCCAGUAAUUACAGCUCAUUUUUAUCAAAAAAAAAUGCCUCGGCUCUGCCUGGGAUCCAGAAUCGCAAACCGUUUAACGAACGGUACAACAAGCAAGUGGUCGACAGUAGCCCAACUGAUUCCAGGAUUCGAUCCAGUCACUAUUUGUACCUGGACUGUAGAGUUAUGCACGUGAUGGUGGAUUUGUCAUCCAGGGAGCAAGUUUCUUCCGAUCCCGAGACUUCGGAAAUUCUUCUCUGCACGCUGACUUAUAACAAAGCCGGCAAAGUUUUGAGCAUCGACCCGGACAUUAACAACGCCGAGCCUUAUAUUAUCGAGAGCAUUGGAAUGAAUUACGAAUACUGGAUCGAGCAUGUUUCAGAAAUACCAAAAGUUUACUAUCAAGAUAAAAAUAUUUCAGAUAUCGAAUUACCACCUGCAAAUAUUUUACGUUUAUUUUUAACAUUAGAUUUCAUAGAAGCACGUAAUUUCAAUUACAAUUCGAUAUUUAUUACAUACACAAUCGAUUUACCAAAAUUCUGGAGCACGAAUCAUCGCGAAAGACUCUAUGGAAGAACUCAACGGUGUAAAAUGAUAAAUAAAUCAGCUCAUUUUAGUUACGUAGCUGAAAUAACACUGGAUCUUGAUUUAAAUUGUAUGAAUGAUGUGCCCUCGUGGCCUUAUUUGUUAAUUUCCGUCGGUUCUCUGGACAAUUGGACCAGGUAUCGGAUAGAAGGCUACACAUCAAUACCUCUACCAUCGUCUUCUGGGUCCUACGAGUUCAGGUUACAAACUUGGAGACCAGUUUACGGAGUCAUCAAUGCUCUGAGAAGAUUUUUCACCGGUGGAACUGCUGAGCUGGAAGACAUUGCUUACUGCGGAAUACCCCGGGAUCACGAAGGGAAGACCUUGGACAAAAAACAACUCAGGGUUGUGCCCAGCGGAACUGUUGGUCUAAGAGUUAAUAUUGUUCAGCAAAGUAAAAGCAGUUCCAAAAAUCGAGGAUAUAAAUUUCAGGAGAGAUUGAACUCUGGGAGCUUACUUAAUACUAAGGGCUGGUAA